GCGAGGGAGAGCGAGAGAAAAGAGAGAAAGAGAGAGAGGCGAUAAGUAUCCUGCUUAGGUGAGCAACACCAUUACUGUGUUGCUUGCCAUGCCAAUGGCAUGAAAUGCCAUGGAGGAAUUGGUGAAUCCUGUUACUGUAGGUGCUAAGCUAGCCGCCCAGGAACCAUGGCCAGUCCACUGCAGGUGCAGCGAUUUGCAAGCGAGAAUCGCUAGGAGGAUGUAUCAGAUGAAACCGUACCGUUCAGUAAUGUCGAUCGCGUAAAUACAUGCCAUAAUCACUUUAAGGACGGUACUUUGCCUGAUCAGCGAGCAGUGUCCGCUGCUCUAUUAGUCUAGCGUGUGCUAAUUCAGCUUCAGCAUUUGGAAGUUUUCUUCUAUCAUCCACAAAACAACAGCUUAUUUCUGGCAACGCCACAUCAAUUCGUCGAUAACUCUCCUGCUGUUCUCAAGCGGCAAGCUGGUGCUCGCUCCGUGUUCGUUCGCUGCAUCCAACACGGUCGCUUUAUCAGUACCGACUCGGACUCGCUUCCCUUUCCACGCGUCACUCUGUGCGGUCUGUGCAGUAGAAACUCACUGAUAGGAAUGCCAUAGUCGCCGAAUCGUCAUAGGAGUGCCAUAGUUGCCGAAUCGUCGCUCCCGUGUUCCCAGCGCAAGCCGGAUCUGUGAACUGCUGGUAGAAGGUCGAACCGUGCCGCUAAAACAGCUGUGGGGGAGACGAGAAAACUUAAGGUGGAACUCUCGAGGGCCUCGCGAGUGAGACACACUGGGCGAGUGCCACUGGAACGAAGAAUAGAGAGGCACAACGGACGCAUAAGCAGGAAGGAGCGCAGAAAGCUGGCUGGUGCAUAGCCAACCCCAUCAGCCGGAAUACCCACACCCAACGGCUCGCUCGGUCAUUCCUACCCGUCCGCCCCGCAAUUUCCAUCGUCUAGCGCCGCCCACCCUCUCUCUCUCUCUCUCAACCUUGCGGCGGUCACGGAGCACAUGGCUCAGCCGAUGCCUCAGCCCAUGAGCCAAGGCAUGAACCAGGGAAUGGGCCAAGCAGGCAUGAGCCAAGGGAUGAGUCAAGGCGGGAUGAGUCAAGGCAGCAUGAACCAGGCAUCGGGGCAAGGCAUGGGGUCUGGCCCUGGGGGUAUGCUCCAACCCGCGCCGGUGAUGCAGCAGUACGUGCAGCAGCCCAGCAGCGGGCCCGUGCCCGUACAGGCUCCCUCGCAGCCAGCGGCUCAGUCGCAGAUCGUGUGCACGGGGUGCCGCACGCUGCUCGUGUACCCCAACAACGCGUCCAAUGUGCGCUGUGCUCUCUGCAGCACCAUCACGCCCGUGCCACAAGCAGGCACGGAGAUGGCGCAGCUGGUGUGCGGGGGCUGCCGCACGCUGCUCAUGUACGUGCGCGGCGCCACCAGCGUGCAGUGCUCCUGCUGCCACACCGUCAACCUCUCCUCCGACCCGACCCACGUGGCGCACAUCAACUGUGGGGGCUGUGGCAUGACGCUGGUGUAUGCGUUGGGUGCGCGCAGUGUCAAGUGUGCCGUCUGCCAGUUCGUCACACAAGUCAUGGUGCCGCCAGGGAGUAUGCAACCACUGCAGCAGCAGCAGCAGCAGACGCAGCAACACCCGCAGCAGCAGAUGCAAGCACAGCAACAGCAGCAGCAGCAGCAGCAGCAAAUGCAGGGCAUGGCCAACAGGACCUGAUGCGCCCUGGCAGAGUGCUGAGAGCAGCGGUAACGCCGUUACAGUGCUACGGCAUGUGGCAGAAGAGUGCAAGGACAAGCAGCGCAGUGGAGCAGCGAGCAGUGAUGAAGUGCCGCUGUUGGCGCUGUGCUUCGUGUUAAGAGAAUGGCGUUGCUGUCACCACGGUCCAUGACUCAAAACGACUCGCCACAACCCACUGGGCUCACCACCAUGGCCCACCACCACUACAGCAGGUGCAGUGCAGGAGUGGGUGCAGUGCGGUGCAGGAGGGGGUGCGUGCAGCACAGGAGGGGGUGCAACAGAGCACGGGCCAGCAAGCAGCCAGAUCCGAAGGGGAGAAGUGCCAUACGACGCUCUCUCGCUCAUCUUCAACAUUCAAUUUUGUAGGGGCUUGUAGAAAAUUUUAGGCACAGGGGGGUUUCAAGUGAGUUGGCAUUGAGUAGGCACAGCAACAAAAUGCGUGGUGGGCUAUCGUCUCGUCUGUUACAUUACCAGCUGUGUAUACACAGAACCAAGUAGCAGUACCGCCCCUCCAGUAGUUGCUGUAACAUUCCCAGUUGUGCCUCCCAACGAAC